UCCCACAGUAGACCAGAGCUGCAGAGACGACUCACAUGAUCUCCUCGAUAUGAAAUUAGUGCUUCUAUUUUUGCUUUCAGUGGCGACAUCCUUCGCUGCCGAAGAGUCGUGCGUCGGACGCUGCAUAAGCGGCUUUGACCCUGGACAGAAAUGCCAAUGUGACAAUUUGUGCAAAUAUUAUGGAAGCUGCUGUGCAGAUUAUGACACAACAUGCCGAAGAAAAGUUUCCCGCGGUGAUGUGUUUGACCUUCCUGAGGAAACUGUGAACAUUAGCGUGAUUGCCAAUGCGCCAUUACUAACCCCCACCACCGCCCCCUUACCCUCCACUUUAAGUUUCGAUCGGGAGGCAGAAAUCUGCAGUGGAAAAUCGUUUAAUGCCUUCCUGCAGACUAAGAAUGGAUCGAUUUAUGCCUUCAGGGGUGAAUAUUACUUUGAACUGGAUGAGAAGUCAGUGAUGCCGGGGUAUCCCAAACUUAUAAAAGAUACGUGGGGCAUUCCUGGUCCUAUCGAUGCCGCUUUUACACGAAUUAACUGCCAAUCGAAGAGUUAUAUAUUCAAGGGGAAGCAGUACUGGCGCUUCGAUGGCGACGUCCUGGAUGAGAAUUACCCGAGAAAUAUCUCAUUGGGGUUUGAGAACAUUCCAGAUGAUGUUGAUGCGGCAUUUGCCAUUCCUGCUGCAGGAUUCAAGAAAAAGGAGAAAGUGUAUUUCUUUAAAGGUGACCAGUAUUACCAGUAUGAGUUCAAGCACCAGCCUUCACAUGGGGAUUGUGUCCGUAUGACCAAAGCCUCGCCAUCCGUCCUCUUUACCAGCUACACGAACCUGUACUGUGACUACAACUGGGAUGAUAUUUUUUCCUCACUUUUCCCAGAAUUCUCAGGACAUCACAAAUGGCCACGCUCCAUUGACAAAGACUGGGUGGGAAUCAAACCUCCGUUGGAUGCCGCAAUGGUGGGCCGGCUGUCCAUGACCUCCACGUCUUCAUCUGCAUCUGCGGCUUCACCCCCAGUACCUCCGGGUAGGCGUGGCAAGCCCCGAGGCAGCCGCAGGAGAAAGGGCAAAGGCAGAGGAAGCAGACAUUCAGACUUCUGGGACGAUUUUGCCUUGGAUUAUGAAGAGAAGUAUUUUGGAGCAGAAAGGCGAGGAAGAGGUCAUAAAAAGGGCCGUGGGAGACGCCCGUCCCUCUUUGACUACUACUACGAUGAAACGGAUUACACUGAUUGGGAGCAAGUACAGGAGAAAUCGACACCCGUGCAAAAAGUCUACUUCUUCCAGAAUGAUAAAUACUACAGAAUGGAUCUCCAGACCAAACAAAUCGACUUUGUUACUCCUUCAUACCCGAGAUCUAUCGGCAAGUACUGGCUGGGAUGUAAAGAGAAGGAGCUGGCGGAGAAAAGAUAAAAAAAUUUAAAAAAAAAACAUCUAUUUGAAGCUCAAAGCUGAAAAUGAUUCAUGAGAUGCUACAUCAGAGAUACGUCAGACUGUAAUCCAGUCAGGGCUGCUGGAGGACCGAGUCCAC